AUGGCAAAUCUCAAUUCGGAAUUUCCGUUCGAAGCCAGCAGCGUCACCUUUGCGCGGGAACUCGCAGGACGUCCUGCGCGUCCAGUCGGGCGCUGGGCUCCUCCUGGUCUCCAGACCAAUGGCGUUGAUGUUUACGAGGCUAUUCUGCUCGCCCCCGGUGAGAACAAGAUUGAUGUCGACGUUGAUACCCGUCUCCCCUCCGCUGCUAUCUUCACUUUCCACAAGGAGGACCACACCCUCGCCAACAUGCUCCGCACUCGUCUGCUGAAGACUUCGCACGUUAUCUUCUCCGCCUACCGCGUCCCUCACCCCCUGACCCCCAACUUCCAGCUGCGCGUACAGACGGAUGGCGAGAUCACCCCUCGCGACGCAGUAAUCAAUGCCUGCCAAGCUCUGAUCAAGGAUCUGGGAAUUCUGUCCCGAGAAUUUACCAAGGAAUACGAGUUGCGCAAGAUGGCCAAUGCGGCUAAUCAGCAACAGGCUACUGUU